CUAAGGAAAGCCCAUACACGGACAUGCUCUGCAACUGCUUUGUUCUUCGCCCUCCUUGUUUUCUUGUUAAACAUCGGAACUUCGUAUCUUUCAAUCUCUGCGUUGAUGUACGCGUAGUAUAGAAACGAUGUCCUCCGCGUGCUCUGCUCGGAGAAAGGCGAUUUUCACUGAGCGAGGGAUAUAGAAAGGGAGGAGACAGGGAGAGACAGAGUUCGAGGACGGUUCUCUGUUCUCUGUUUCUUGUUCUUGUCCGUCACGUGCAGAGACGAUCGGAGGUCGGAAACUAUUGUCGAAUCGGUGGGAAUCGAGUGAAGCUUUGAUCGACGACCAAAAGGGUGUUGGAAGAUGGGUGGUAUAUGAUGAAAUUUGGAUUGAUUCGUCGCUCGAUUGAAUUCAAGAGAUGGCAUGCAGUUCGAUCCAAAUGCAGGAGCCGAGCAUCGAGACGGACAAGCUCAGCUACGAGAUCUUCUCAAUCCUCGAGACCAACUUCCUCUUUGGCUACGGCGACCAUGACCAGAAGAAGCUCCUCGUCCCCAAACACAUACCCGAUACACAACCAGAAGAACCGAAGCCUCAUGUAAAUCUCCCACAAAAUCAUCACGAGGUUGACGCUGCGAUCACAGAGCGUCCAGGAAAAAUCUGCAUACUCACCAUCGAUGGUGGCGGAGGCAGCAUGCGAGGCCUCGUCUUUGGCAAGGCCUUGGCCUAUCUGGAAGGCGUGCUCAAGGCCAAGUCCGGCAAUCCCGACGCCCGAAUUGCCGACUAUUUUGACAUCGCCGCCGGCUCUGGCGUAGGUGGCAUCUUGGCUGCCAUGCUCUUUGCGACCAGGGACCGAGGCCCGGCACGACGUCCCAUCUCUGAGGCCGAGGACACGUGGCGGUUCCUCGCGGAUAAAGGGAGUCGGUGUUUGGCGCUUCCCUCCAACGGUGGUGGCGAAUUUUUCCGGCGGGUGCUCUGUGGCGGCUCUGGUAGUCAGGCGGCGUCGACGGCCACCAUGGAGAAGGCGAUGAAAGAGGUGUUCAGCAUCAGGGACGGGAAGGACAGGAGGUUUCUGACAUUGAAGGACACGGUGAAGCCGGUCCUGAUCCCCUGCUACGACCUGUCAACGGCGUCCCCAUUCCUGUUCUCGCGGGCCGAUGCGCUCGGGGCUGACAGCUACAACUUCAGGCUCUGGGAGGUGUGCCUGGCCACAUUGGCAGAGCCGGGGUCGUUUGGGCCAGUGGAGAUACGGUCCGUGGAUGGUAGGACGCGGUGCGUGGCUGUGGACGGGGGGUUGGCGAUGAGCAACCCGACGGCGGCAGCGAUCACCCACGUGCUGCACAACAAGCGGGAUUUCGGUCAUGUGCUGGGGGUGGAGGACUUGCUGGUGCUGUCAAUAGGGACGGGGCCGGCGGCAGAGCCGAGGUUGGAGUACGAGAAGGUGAGGAAGUGGAGGGCCAAGGAGUGGGCUCGGCCCGUGGCGCGGAUCACCGGGGACGCGUCUGCGGAUGCGGUUGACCAGGCCGUGGCCUUGGCGUUUGGUCCGUGUAGGAGCAGUAAUUAUCUAAGGAUUCAGGCGAACGGCUCCAGCCUUGGCCAGUGCGGGCGUGACGUGGAUACAGACCCGAGCCCUAACAAUGUGAAGAUGGCGAUGGCAAUGGCUGACGAUAUGCUGAAACAGAAGAACGUCGAGUCGGUGCUCUUCGGGGGCAAGAGGGUAUCGGAGCAGAGCAAUUACGAGAAACUGGACUGGUUCGCGGACGAGCUCGUGCAGGAGCACCAGAGGAGGAGCCGCGGAGUCGCUCCCACUGUCGCUCCCAGGCAAGCUGCUCCUAGUCCCACCUAGAAUGGGGUCCCAAGAAUUUGUGAGAAUUAUUCCAGAAGAAAGGUAAAGCCAAUUGGAUGCAUCGAAAGAAGAAAAAGAAAAAGAAAAAAGAAACUCUUGUCUGGUGGUUGCUACUUUUGCCAUUGUGGGGGCAUUCUGCAAAUACUAAUUUUUCUUGAUAAUUUUCACUUCUCUGAUUUUUGAGAGAAUUGGCUACAAACAUCUCGAAAAUUGUUAAUUCUCGAUGAAAAUUACUAUUACAAAAUACAAACCCCAUCAGUCACAAAAAAGAGGGGGAAGAAGGUAUUCGAGGCAGCUGUCUAGCAGACUGAUAUGCCUUUCACAGUGUUAAUUGUGCUUUUGUUAUAGAUAAACAUCUGGGCAAAUGAACCUUGCUUGAUCAAGAGUUCAGAUAAAGACUAAAUACUUCAUCCA